AUGCCGUCGGGUCUGCAGGAGGCAUCCUUAUCGCCUGCCUCCAAGUGGGACUUGCAUAGUUCGCUGACGGGGUCCUUCUCGAAAGCGGUCAUUCUCAAAGAUAAGUUAUCCAACUUUUGCUGUAUAGUUAUCUCUGUUUAUGGUCCUAGUGAAGACUCUUUAAGGCUCAACUUUUGGGACGAGCUGACUUCCAUUAGACAGUCCUUUUCAGGCCCUUGUUGUUUCGUGGGUGACUUCAACGUGAUCCGUUUUGCAGAGGAGUAUUCUCGCAUAAGGAGAACUACCCAUGCCAUGCAAUCUUUCUCCGAUUGGAUUCAGGAUCAGGAGCUGGUGGAUCUUCCUCUGGCAGGCGCUAAAUUUACUUGGACCAACGGGCGAAAAUCUCAGAUUCAAUCCAGAUUGGAUAGAUUCCUCCUAUCCACGGAUUGGAUCGAGGAAUUCCCCUCAGUUAAUCAGAUUGCCCUUCCCAGAACGACAUCUGAUCACUGCCCUAUCCUUCUCUCGGUGGUUGACGUUAAUUGGGGUCCCAAACCCUUCAAAUUCAACUCCGCCUGGCUUGGCAUCAACGGCUUCAAGCAGAAAAUUGUGGAGUGGUGGCCCUCUCCCCAGGUGGAUGGAUUUGCUAGUCAUAGGUUGUGUUGUAGACUCAGAUUCAUUAAGGAGAAGCUAAAAGAAUGGAAGGAAGAAGAAUAUUGGAAGAGAGAGAUCGAGACUGAAGCCUUAUUUGCUGAAUUCCAUCAGAUCGACUCUUCGGUUGAAGGUAAAGACCUCCCAAUGGACGUUCUUUCCAGGCGCAUUCACAUCAUUCAAUCUUUGUCGUCCAGAUCUCUUGAAGACGAACUAUCUUGGAGGCUGAAAUCAAGGACUAGGUGGAUCUCGGAAGGCGAUAAAAACACUAAAUAUUUUCACUGCAUGGCCAACAUGAGGGCUUGGACAAAAGCUAUCCUUAGCAUUUCUAAAGACAGUAUUCAGGUUGAUGACAGAGACGAGAUUUCUGAAAUAGCAGUGGUCCACUUCAGAUCAGUUCUCUCCUCCGAGGGAUGGCCCAGGCCUCGAUUGCACGGGAUCCCUUUCCUCUCUCUGUAG